AUGGCUAGCCACCAGGACGACAGUCACCCGGCCGCCGCCGCCGCCUUGCCUGAUAACGUCUACCAUCCCCAUGAUGUCCUCGACGAGACGGCCAAGACGUCCGUCGUCGGUCUCGGCGCGGGUUUCUUCCUGGCGGCGGUCCAAAACGCCCUGUCAAAACGCAACGUUGGCGCCUUUGGCGUCUUCAGCCGCGGCGCCCCCAUCAUUGGACUUGCCGCUGCUUCUCCUGCCGCUUAUACCUUCUUCUCCCGCACAGCGAUGAACCUUCGCGAAAAGGACGAUGCUCUCGCUGCUGGUAUCGGUGGUUUCGCAGCUGGUGCUGUCCUCGGUCUUCCCAGCAAGCGCAUGCCUAUUGUCAUGGCCCUGGGUGGCUUCGUUGGCGGUGUCCAGGGCAUGUUCAAGCUGCUUGGUGGCCGUCUCGAUAGCUUCAAGGAGGAGGAUGACGAGUUUGCUCACAAGGAGACGGUCCGUCGAACGACGAGAGUACCCGUUGCGCAGACCGUCUCAGAGAUUGGCGAAGGACGAGGCAUCAAGCCUCCUGGCUACGAGGAGCGCCGUAGAGAGAGAAUCCAGGAAAAGUAUGGCUUCGAAAUCAACCCCCAUUCGGCCGAGCCAACAAAAGAUGACAACAACAAGAGAAUGUGGACACCAUUGCGAUAG